ACAACUUCGUAACUUUACGAAACACCGCUUACAAAACAGAAAAUAGUUCGCAAAACACUCGAAAACAAUUUGUAGCGAAAACUUUCAUAUUUCCUGGGUUUAAAGCAACAUUAAUCUGUCAUUUCCAUAUUGGAAGCCGAUUAAACGUGUACAUAUUGUUUCUUAUUAAGAAAAGUCAUCAUUUGCGAGUAGUUAUACAUUUGUUUUCAUUGAGUUACAAAAUGGCUGAAUAUGCUCGACGUGUCCAUGCUAAGGGACCUGCCAUUGGCUUGAACAUGUUUUGUUACGUUCUGCUAAUAUUUUGUACGGUGUUGAGUGUUAGUGGUGAAGAACCAGCUAUCUUGCGUGCACAGAAAGAUGCUCCAGAUGCUGCUCAUCAAGGUGAAAGGAUCAACCCAAAGUUUAAUUUACUACAAAAUAUGGUUCCUAGCAAUCAACCGUUAAAUUCACAACCUAAUCUUGGAAGGAGACAGGCACCACCAGACGUUGGAAUUAAAACAGAUGCACGGAACAAUGUCUUGUUGUCAUCACAUCCUGAUUGCAUGGAAGAUGUUGUCAUGCUAUGUAAUGCCACAGUAAUGAGGAUGAACAAUUUUGCAAUUCUGGACUGUUUACAACAGGAUGUAGCUGUUCAGACAAGAGUAUCAGAAAAAUGCCAGCAUUUAGUAUGGGAGUACAAGCAAAACCUGACCAAGGAUGACCGCUUUGAGUCUGGGGCAAAUGAAGUGUGUAAGAAGGUCUUUGAAGAGAACCCUGAGUGCCAUGCCCUGCCCGCAGGUGUUGGGCAGCGUAUCCCCUGCCUGAUUGAGGUCAUGGACAAUGUCACAGAUCCCGGCUGCCAUCGCUUCCUUACCAAGAUGGCAAACAUUGUCUUUGGAGAUUACCAGCUGGUCUGGCAUUUUAUGGAAAACUGUAAAGAUGAUAUCAACAGCUUCAAGUGUGGAAGAUUGGACAAUGACCCUGAUAAAAUGCAUUCUCAAGGGAAGACUAUACUUUGCUUAGCAAGGCAAAUUGGCAUGCUGAAGAACCCAGAGUGUCGAAAGCAAGUCCUACGAGUUGCUGAGUUGCAGUCAGACGAUUACCACAUGGAUCGCUCACUGUACUAUGCGUGUCGUGACGCAAGGGAGAUGUUCUGUGGUCAAGUGCAUUCUGGGAACGGAAAAGUGUUUGAAUGCCUGUUUAAAAACAAAAUGCAUCCUGAGAUGCCUUCAAAGUGUAAGGACCUACUCCAAGUGCGCCAGAAACUAAUUGCAGAAGAUGUCAAAGUGGAGAAAUCGUUCUACGACGCAUGUCAUGCUGAUAUCAUCAAGAACAAAUGUAUCGCUGGAAUGGACACAGCUGGGGGUCAUGCUCAGCGCUCCACUAUCCUCCUUUGCCUGGAGAACGGUUUGAAGCAAGGCGUCAAGCCAGCAGGAGAAUGUAUGACACAGAUGAGCUUGCUCAGGAAAUCUUUGAUGGAGGACUAUCAGAUAACACCAGAGAUUGUUUCCAACUGUGGCCUCGAGAUUGACAAGUUUUGUCGUAUGCAGGCAGGCUUGGAUGAACAGGGCGGCACCAUUCACUGUCUCAUGCAAAUGGCAAACCCCAGGGAGAGGGAUAGGAAGAAUCAGAAAGAUCAUCCUCAUGCUAUGGAUCCUAGAGAAGAUUUCAGACCUGAAUGCAAAGCAGCAUUGGAAGAUUUACUGAAGGAAGCAGAUGUUGCGGAGGAUGCUAGUGUUGAUGGUGUGUUGAUGACAGCAUGCAGCAAGAUGAUCAAUGGAGAAUGCAAAGGGAAAAUCCGUACAGAACUUAUGAACUGCCUGAUUGAGAACAUUGAUGCUGAUGACAUGACUGAGCCGUGUGAGGACAAACUCAUUGAAAUACAGUACUUCAUUGUCAGGGACUUCAGACUGGAUGCUGACCUGUACAAGCAGUGUCAUGAGGAUGCCGUUAAUUUGUGCAAGGCCCCUAAUGACUGGUGGGCAAAUAAGGGUAACAAAGCAACUGCAGAGACCGAUCCAGAUGUGUUCCCAUGUCUGUACCGUCAUCUGCCAAACAAGCUCCAGGAACACAAGCAGGCCAUGAUGGACCACGAUGACAAUGAUGAUGAUGAGGAAGAGUUUAAGCCUGACGAACUCCCAAACCCACUCAGCAGGCAAUGUGAACAGGAAGUGAGACGAGUGAUGCGACAUCGUGCCAAAAGUAUCGACCUCGAACCAAGUCUGGAGGCAAAGUGUCUAACUGAUCUUGCAGUGUUGUGCUCUGACCUUGAACAUUAUGGCAAGGGAAAGGAACUGAAAUGUCUUCAAGAUAGGUAUGAAGAUAUAAACGAUAAAAAAUGCAAAGCUGAAGUUCGUAAGUUCAUCCGUGAUGAGGACGAAGACCUCGAUCUGGACACGAUUCUCAUGAAGGCUUGCACUCCAAUGAUCAAACGCUUCUGUGAAGGCAUUUUAGACAACAACGCAGAUGCCUCCAAUGUUAUGAACUGCCUAAUUGAGAACAAGAAUCACAGAGAUAUGAACUCAAAAUGCAAGGCUGGAAUAGAACACCAUCAGAUUAUCCAAAUGAAGGACUACACAUUUUCUCACAAGUUCCGAGAAGCAUGCAAGAAAGAUGUUCUAGAGCACUGUAGAAAGAGCCAAACAAAGGCGGACGUGGUAUCCUGCCUUAGUGAGAUUGUUCGCAACAAUAUCCUAUUAGAACAGUCGCACAAUAUCAGUCAAGAUUGCAGGGAGGUACUGAAGAUUGACCUGCUGCAAAUGAGUGAAAAUAUCGAUUUAGAUCCAGCGCUGAAGCAAGCUUGUGGCGAGGACCUUAAACAGUUUUGCAAGGGAAAACAUAAUGAUGAUGGACAAGCCACUGAAUGUCUGAGAGAAAACAAGAAGUCUCUGUCAGCAGAGUGCCACAAGAUGGUGUUUAAACGUCAGCUGGAUGAAGUUAAUUUAGAUGCAGACUUCUCACUGUUCAGGACAUGCAAACAAAUGAUCAAGAAACACUGCUCACACAAAGACAACCAGGACAUGUUAAGCUGUCUGAAACAACAUUUAGAUGAAUUGGGACAUGAUGACCCCUGUAAGAAAAUGGUUCUGAAAAGAGCUAUGGAAAGCACAAAAGAUUAUCGAAUGAAUCCUAAGUUGGCUAAAGCGUGUAGAAGAGACAUUCCGAAGUUCUGCAAAGAAGACUUACAACACCAAAAGGAAGGGGAAGAAUUUGAGGGGCAGAUUAUAAAUUGUUUAAAAAAGCAGUUUACCAAAAAGGCAUUAUCCAAUGACUGUGCUGAUGAAAUCCGGCUUGUGAUCAAGGAAUCUCACAUGGACAUCAAUAUGGACCCUGUCUUAAUGAGGCAGUGCAGGAUCGAGAUUCGUAGCCUGUGCCAAGAUGCCCUGGGGGAGCAUGAUGUAGACAGGGAUCAGUUGCUGUUCCAACCCCAGAACACAGACACUAGAGUGAAGACUUGUCUGGAGGAGAAGUUUAAGGAAGGGAAGAUUGAACCGAAAUCAAGCUGUGGAGUGGAGAUCAGUAGAUGGCAGCUGGAAGUACAGAUAGAUGUUCAUAUCGAUCCUGAGCUGAACCAACUGUGCACGGUGGACCUUGUGAAGUGGUGUCGGGAGUACGAGACUGGUCAAGGACAAAAAAUGUCUUGCCUAUUGCAAACACUGGAGGACUACCCUAACAAAUUAAAGCCGGAGUGUAAGAAAGUUCUUGAGAGACGUAAAACACUCUGGGAGUUUGCAGCCAAGGUUGCACCAGUGGAGAGCCUAUCUGAAGUCCACGAAUUGAUCAUGCAGUCGCCUGCUAGGCAUUAUUUGCUGGGAGUUCUUGUUACCAUUCUUGGCGUCAUAUUUGUGGUAGGAAUCACUUGCGGUAGAGUGACUAAGCGUGUGACACGUGAACAGAAAACAAAAUAGUGCCAUGUUUCUGAAGAAUGGCAUUAGAUGAAUGUCCUUGUCAAACCUGAGGUCAAUUUUUAAGUGCUCGUGCUUUAAGCGUUAUAGCAAUAUUUUUAAAAUUGAGAACCAUUUAAUUCUUUGCACCAAAAAUAACUUUGUAUUCCUUCUUAAUUCUUUUCAAAAUGCUGUUGCAUUAAAACCAUGGAAUUAUAUUUUCGUAAAAACACACAAAAAUAUAUUUGUUAUUUUCUCUUAUUUAUCUUUAGCUUGAAAAUAUGUGAUUGCUAUCAUUUGAAAUGUACUCAAGAUUUAUCUUUGGAAUAAUCAUUUCAGAAGGUGAACAUCACAAAUUAAUGUUUAGGAUUGUAAGCAUUUCACAUUAAUUUGAGCAAUUUAAUAAGGCAUUGUAAGGAGUUAUUGUGCUACAAGUCCUUGUUAGUUACAUAUAAUCUUUGGUGUUUUGUGAAAGAUAUAAUUUGAAAGAUUGUCGUUUGUGCUAAGAAUCUCUUCUCAUAGUUGUAGUAAAUGGGCAGUACUCAUGUAUGCAUUUUGGCUGUGUAAAAAGGGUGUUCCAUGCAUGUGCGUAAAGUGUCGUCCCAGAUUAGCCUGUGCAGCCCGGUCAGGCUAAUCAGGGACAACACUUUCUGCAUAAAGUGGAUUUUUGCUAAGAAGAUACUUUCUUUAAACAGAAAAUAUCAUAAAAGCGGAAAGUUUUGUCCCUGAUUAGCCUGCUCAUAUUGCACAGGCUAAUCUGGGAUGACACUAUUUUUACGCACAUGCAUUAAACUCCUUUUUCACAGAGCACAGCCCAUUUGUAUUUAGGAUGGCAUUAAAUACCUCAUGCAUAUGAGCAGGCCCUGAGAAAACAGGGCUUAAUGCAUGGUUUAAAGUAUCACCUAGAUUAGCCUUUUUGUCCCCACAGAAAAAUCAGGAACAAGGCUUUCAGCUCCUAUGGAAUUUUUUGUUUAAAGUGUUGUCCCUGAUAUGCCUGUGCGGACUGCAAAGUCUAAUCUGGGAUGCACUAGUUUAAGCAUAUUAAUCAGAUUUUUGCAGAGACCUAGCAGCAAAAAUAUAUGACUUGCAAUGUUAAAACGAAAUAUGUAUAUUUUUGUAUUGGAGAGUUAAAUUAUGAAAUUAUGUAUUCUGCAUUAUGAGAUUUAUAGAUAAUGAUGCUAAUGAUUGCCUCAAUAUUAUUGUAUGAUUUUUGUGUUUAUUGUUAUUGCUUUGGUUUAUGUAUAUUUAUUGAGGGACAAUAAAUUUUAUACCAUAACUAUUUAGUGCUCUUUUCUUAUGGCAAAUUCUUGAACACUUAAUUAAGCAAACUAAAUCUUACAGUAUUUUACAAAAAAGUUCAAAUUAAUUUUGUACAAUUUCUGGAAUAUGAAUAUUAUAAAAAUCAGCCUUUGAACUUGUCCCCUUUGUAUGGGACUGCUAUACAUGUGGCUGUCUUUGUAUGGGACUGCUAUACAUGUGGCUGUCUUUGUAUGGGACUGCUAUACAUGUGGCUGUCUUUAGUACCUUUGUAUGGGACUGCUAUACAUGUGGCUGUCUUUAGUACCUUUGUAUGGGACUGCUAUACAUGUGGCUGUCUUUAGUAAACAUUAAGCAUACAGAAAACAUGGACUUGUUUGUUUUACAAACUUUUCUUAUAAAAUUAUGUACUUUAAACCAUAGUGAUUGGCCAAAUGGCAAGGUUACACCUCCCAGUAAACCUUUGUCUUCUGCACAAACAAUAACAUAUGGUACACUCUCUAUGUCAGAAUUAACUGAAGUUGAUAUAUUUGUGCUUUUAUAAGUAUAAGCAUAAUAUGUGUUAAUCAUUCAUUGUGAAAUAACAUUCCAUCCAUGACAGGUAUAACAUAUUAUAUGUCUCUUAAACAAGUUUCUGUUUGCGGAAUGUGUGUCAUUACAGUGGAGAUGCAUUUUUAAAUGUACCCACUAACACAUGGUGGGUGAACUGGAAUGCAUAUCAUUUUUUGAUAGUACGUUCAUUUUGUUUGUAUAUUUAAUUGAUUGGAGUAUUUGAAAACAAAAAUAAAAUGAGCAAAAUUGUACUUGUCUGAUCGAAUACUUAUGAUUAAAUCUUUCUGUACCCCAAAGAAUGUGUAUUGUACUCAUUUUCCUUUAUAUUUUAAUUAUAAACUUAAUGCUACCUAAUAAUAUGCUAAUGUCAAUAGCAAUCAUUGUUUUCAUUCAUGCCUUAAAAUUUCUAUCAUUUGUUGAUCAAAAUCUACUCUCUUUUUUUCUAAACAACACAAUAUUUUAGCCACGUCAUGCGGACAUUGAUUUUAUGCCGAAUACAGGCUGGUACUAGCCGAAUAUAGCCUAAUACCCAUUUUCACAUAACUUGGCUAAAAUAAUUUCUAAGUUCACUUUGCCAUGUAAGUAUUCAUAUAUAUUUAAUUCAUAUGUGUUAUUACUUAUGUUAAUUCCCAAGGACCUGGUUUUGCCAUAUUUUAUGAUUUGAAAGUCCAAAUACUUUGUAUUAACACAGUCCAGCAAAAUGUGGCUUGAUUUCAUUAUGAAUCAUUUCUGCAACCAUCAAAUUGCCUGUCCCAAUUAUGAUGUUUGUUAUCAAACAUGUGCUUUCAAAAACCAUUACAAG